AUGGAAAAAAGCUCUCAAAAGAUCACUCCGAAAUUUCAAAAUUUUACCGAAACUUUCAAAUUUUGUGCUUUUGGUAUGGCACUCGCUAAUGUUUAUCCGAAUAGCAAUAAUAUCCGCGAGAGACUUUUUAUCGUGGUAUGUAUCGUGAUGUUUUGUGGUGUGCAACUAUUCUGGUUUUCCUCGUAUACAGUCAAUUGUUUGUUGAACCUGGACAUAUUCAAUUUAUCAAGGAACAUCACUCUAUGGGUUAUUGUUUUACUGUAUUUCUUCAAAACGUUGUAUGCAAUAAAAUAUACCGAAUUUUAUGCAUCAAUUUUGGAAACUAUUAGCAAUGAUAAUCUAAAAGCCAAUAAUAUGGAAGAGGAUUAUCAACAAAUUUACGAAACCUACCUUAAGAAAAGUAAAACUGGAGAAAUGGUUUGGCUGUUUUUGCCAAUAAUUCUCAGCUCACAAUUCCCAAUAAUUCCUGCGAUCAUGAUGAUUAUGGAAAAUUUUAAAAGCGACUCUCCAGAAAAGAUUAUGGUCCAUGAAAUGGACAUGGUAUACGUUGAAGACAUUCAAUACACAAGCCCAUUUUUCGAAAUUUACUUUGCGUACAAUAUAACACAGUGCAUAUUUCUGUCACCGAUCUUCACAGGCUUUGAUGGAUCAUUCUGUAUUGCUGCAAAUCAUUUAUGUUUGAAGUUGAAAUUGAUGGCAUACAAAGUUCGUAGGGCAUUUGUGAAUUCCAAUAAUUCAGUUCAAUUGAAGAUGAAAAUUCGUGAAGCAAUAAUAGACCAUCAAGAAGCUCUUAAAUUUUACAAAACUCUGUCAGAAUUUUUUGGACCUUGGCUUCUAGUUUUGUUUCUAGUUGCAUCUCUCUCAGUUUCUUUUAGUUUGUACCAGAUACGAGUAAAUAUUAUGAUGCAUGAGAUAAAUCCGAAGUAUGUGAUAUUUAUGGCCAGCUGUGUGAUCCAUAUUUAUGUUCCAUGUGUAUAUGCUAGCAACGUGACAAAGGUCGCUGAUGAGGUAGCCUUGGAUUUAUACUGCGUGCCGUGGGAAUCCUGCCCCAACCACAGAAUCGCUAAGCUUCUCAUCAUCAUGAUAGCCAGGUCACAGCAGUCCAUGAUAUUCUGCGGGAAAGGGCUGGUCAACUACAACAUGGGUUUGUUCAUCUCUCUGAUGCAGUCCGCUUAUUCGUUUUAUACUCUUAUCACGAGUUAA